AUGGAGGGUCUUAUCCCUUUGGUUUAUCGAACGCUGAAGAAGGCAAAAACCCGCCUUCGAUACGAGCGUCUCUCGUCCGUCGCGGCAGCUCAACCUUACAACAUUGCUGAUUUCUACGUUCAGAGUCCGACUCUGGGUCAGACUCGUUUCUGUACGGAAUCGAACAGUAAUCCGGUACCCGAGGAGAACAUCGGCCGUCACGGUCACCGUCGACGGAUGUCCACGGGAAAUAUCCCCGAGGGAAGCAUCGCUGUUACCGGCGGGUCUCGGACGCCGACGGGGCCGAAACUUACGAGGUUCAAGAGUCACAGGAUGUUCUCAUGUGUGACCGGUUGA